GCACAGCCUUCCUGCCCUAUGCCUUGCCAGCUUCUGAGAAGGUCAUUAUGGUAUGGUGUAUCUGAGAAGGGCCUUGAGGUCCUGCUGAUGAUGAAAGAAAGGGGCGUGGUGGAACAGCCAAUGAUUAUAAGACUUGUCUGAACACGUUCUUUGAACCAGUCCCAAGAGUUUUCAAACCAUAAAACACGAGCGGAGUCCUCAAGAUACCUCGCUCUCACUGGUACCCACGGAAUGUCGGAGUCCCAGAAGUGUGAAACCUUUGUCUUCCUGGACUUGGAAGCUACCGGCCUUCCCGAUGCCUCUCCCCAAAUAGCAGAGAUCUCCCUAUUUGCCGUCCACCGCUUCUCCCUGGAGCAUCCUGCGUGGGACGACUCCGGCGUCCCGUUGCUGCCCCGGGUCCUGGACAAGCUUACUCUCUGCAUGAACCCUGAGCAGCCCUUCACCCCAAAGGCUGCCAAGAUCACUGGCUUGAAUAAUCGGAGCUUGACGAACAACCGGAAGGCGUGCUUCGACGGCACGGUGGUGAAGGCCCUGAGGGAGUUCCUCAGCCGGCAGGCGUCCCCCAUUUGCCUGGUCGCUCACAACGGCUUUGCCUAUGACUUUCCGCUCCUGCGGACGGAGCUAGGGCGCCUGGAUGCCAACCUGCCCGAGAAUACCUACUGCCUCGACACCCUCCCGGCCCUGAAGGGCCUAGACAAAGCCCACGAUCACGGCACCAGGUCAAACCACGGCAAGAGCUACCGACUCGGGGACUUGUACCGACAGUAUUUUGGGGAUGACCCAAAGGCUGCCCAUUCAGCCGAGGGAGAUGUCUACACACUGGUCAUGGUCUUCCUCCACAGGGCUCCCGAACUCCUUCGGUGGGCCGGCGCCGAGGCCCGGAGCUGGGAUGAGAUCCGGCCCAUGUAUUCGCCCGGUCCCAGACGGUCCGGCGGCCGACGUCACGAUGCCUGAGCCUUCCCAGAUGCCGCUGUGCCAGUCUGGAGAAGGGCCCCCCGGCAGGAGUGGGCUCCGAGGUGAGGAAUGGAGACAAACACCCCAAAUACUCCUGCCGUAUUUACAGUAGGAACGGCAGAACCGGAAGCAACUCCCACUCGCCGGUAGAUCAGUGUCUCCUUUUUCAGACUUGCUCUCUCUGCCCUGACACUAGCCCAGUAGUCCUCCGCAAUAUUCGAUCGACUCUAUCUCCACCCUGGCACUGAGUCUACGAGUUCGCUAUAAAUGAAUUUGUCCCAAAUUCCGGAGAAACAGACGCUCUCUCUACUGACUGACCGGUAAAAACCCGCCCCUUGUUCUGCAGGCCCUUGAUGCCCCCGGUGAUCGUGACAGCUUUUGGAGAAGGCCUGUACUCCCCAAACUAAAAUUAUCUCUCCCCGGAAGACCGAAGGGAUUAUUCUUGAAUCUUUGCCCUGGGCCAGCGUCCCCAGCAUUUACAGAUAUAAAAAAGUGCAAUCUCUCCUGACUUCAAUUUGUUUUAUAUAAUGAAAUAUCUGACAAUAAUUGUACCCCGGCCCGUCUCCAGAUCUAAUAAAUGUGGUUCCAACCUCA